AUGUCCAGUGCUAUGCUCUACCUGAUGCUCUGCAAGAUUGGUGUGCGACGAAAAGUGCAGACUUUUCCUGGGAAAAUGGUAAACACUGUCUAUAGUGAUGAGGAAAAGGGAAUUCAAGACAAGGAAAGCAAGGAGGAGUCCAUCUUGGCCAUGUUGGGCAUCAUCGGGACCAUUCUCAACUUGGUAGUCAUCAUCUUUGUCUACAUCUACACUACUUUGUAG